GCAAGCAAACUCAGCUCAAUUAUGCAACUUUCCCAUCUCUGACACAAUCAUUUUUCUUUCCCCGUUUCCCGGAAUCCAAACACCUACCUAGAGGGAAAACAGGAACACCCACCUAGAGAGAAAAAAAUGGUUUCAAUAGGCAGUGGUUGUAGUGUUCAUGGAUCAGCCUCAUCAGAGCCAAAUUCCAGUCCUCGGAUAUCUUUCUCUUCUGAGUUUCUUGAUGAAAACGACUUCAUUUCCAUCACUCCAAAUUCACAUCUAGAGAGAGAACAAGAGAUUUCUGAGAGACAGAAGGAGGACAGAUCAGAGAAGCUAGCAUGGAGUGCUGAUUUUGAGUUUCUUUCUAAUAAAGUUAGUAGCCACUCCAUGAUUACAGCUGAUGAGCUCUUCUUUGACGGGAAGCUUCUUCCCUUUUGGCAAAUGCAGCAAGCAGAGAGGCUUAACAAAAUCAGUCUGAAAUCUUCAAAAGAUGUAGAUAAACAAGGCUUGGUGGACAUAGAGGUAAACAAGAAGGCAGAGAACAAAGUGAAUUGGUUACUCGACGACGACCCGUCACCGAGACCACCAAAAUGCACUGUUCUGUGGAAAGAAUUGUUGAGGUUGAAGAAACAACGCGCGUCGUCUGCGCUAUCACCAUCUUCUUCUUCGUCUUCGUCGUCUUCUUCCAAGUCGAUGGCUGAUGCACCCAAAACAGAGGAAGGGACAACAAGAAACAAAGAGAAGAACAUUAAGAGGAUAAAGAAGGGUUUGGAAAGGACAAGAUCAGGCAGUAUAAGAAUAGGGCCUAUGAUUAAUGUGCCAAUCUGCACACAGCUGAAGAGCAGUGUUUUGCCACCCUUAUUCCCACUUAAGAAAGGAAGAUUUGAUAGAUAAAAAGACGAAAUUAGUAGCUAAAGUCAGCAGCUCAAGAUCUCAUCAAGUUUAUCCAACAUGUUAAUCUCCCUCUCUCUAUUGUUACAUUUCUUGACAAUUUUAAACUUUCCGUCUGUGUAUGCAUUAAUGUUGGUUAUUAUGGCGGUGGAUCUAAUAAUCUACGUUUGUACAUGCUGACCUCUAGUUUUUGUUUGUUGGCAUUCCUUGAUUAAUCAUCUUAUGCUUUUUUGGUUCGACAUA